AUGUCAAUGUCCGUGAUCAAUGGAACGCGGCGCGAUAUGCCGGUCCUCUUCUUCGAUAUCGACAACUGUUUAUACUCUCGAAGCACCAAAGUUCAGGACUUGAUGGCAGAGCUCAUCGACAAGUACUUUGCCAAGCACCUCGAGCUUCCCUUUGAUGAAGCCGUCAGGCUCCAUAAAGAAUACUACACAGGCUACGGACUCGCCAUCGAGGGCCUCGUUCGCCAUCACCAGAUCGACCCGUUAAAGUACAACGCCGAAGUCGACGAUGCUUUGCCGCUCCAAGACAUCAUCAAGCCUGAUCCGGCUCUCCGGAGGCUGCUUGAUGAUAUCGACAGGUCCAAAGUCAAAACAUGGCUCUUCACCAACGCCUAUGUUACCCACGCCAAGAGAGUCGUCCGUUUGCUGGGUAUCGAGGACCUGUUUGACGGGCUGACAUUCUGCAAUUACGCCGAGCAACCUCUCGUCUGUAAACCUCACCCAGACAUGUAUACAAAAGCCAUGAAGGAAGCUGGCGUUAGCGAGGUCCAAGACUGCUAUUUUGUUGAUGACUCGUUUUUGAACUGCAGCAAGGCCAAAGACUUUGGCUGGACUGCCGUCCAUCUCGUCGAGCAAGGCCUUCCACCCCCCACGACGAAGGCCUCCCAGUACCAGAUUCAACACCUCCGAGAAUUGCGGCGCGUUUUCCCGCAGUUUUUCAAGUCUACCUCGGCUUGA